GUCGCCAGGGUAACGGCUUGUUGUCCAGCACGCGUGUGGGGAGCUCUCGACUAAGGCUGCUGCUGCUGAGACGCCGGCAAGGCACAGGCAGGAAAGCUCGGUACUGCGCCGCGGCCUAGUCCUCCCGCACCCUCUUCCCCCCCAUGUCCCAGCCGGUGGCUGCCAUGAACCGCAAGAACCUGCAGAAGCUGGCCGAGACGCUGUGCAAAACCGCCAGACACUUCAGUAAGUAUGAAGUGGAAUGUCUCAUCCGACUUUAUAACACAAUAGUAGGACGUCCAAUAGAGCCAAACACCAGGAGCGGAAUAGACAGAAACACCUUCAGGAAUAUCCUGCACAACACUUUCACAAUGACAGACGACAUGAUCAUGGACCGGGUUUUCCGUGGAUUUGACCGAGACAAUGACGGCUGCAUCAAUGUGGCUGAGUGGGUGGAGGGUCUGUCUGUGUUCCUGCGUGGGACUUUGGAUGAAAAAAUAAAAUAUUGUUUUGAGGUGUAUGAUCUGAACAGUGACGGGUAUAUCUCCAGAGAAGAGAUGUUCCACAUGCUGAAGAACAGCCUUCUAAAGCAGCCCACCGAGGAAGACCCCGAUGAGGGGAUAAAGGACCUGGUUGAAAUUACAUUGAAAAAGAUGGAUCAUGACCAUGAUAGCAAGCUGUCCUAUAUGGAUUUUGAAAAAGCCGUGAGAGAGGAAAACCUCCUACUGGAAGCCUUUGGGCCUUGCCUGCCGGAUAGCAAGAGUAUCAACGCCUUUGAGAGACAAGUGUUUACAGAGCCAAUUGAAUCCUAGACCUAAACCUGAAACGGACAGUAGAUACGUCUGGAGACCUCUAUGACUGCAGCAAGGAACAGGAACUCGCCGUGGACUUGUCUGCUAGUCUAAAUUAAUGAUCUGAGUUGAAUAACGAGGAGAAGAAGGACAUGACUAAGUAACAAAUCAAAAUAAAAACGAGUUGUAAAGAAUGUUACUUCAGAGUUCAAUAAAUGUAUUUUGCUAUAAAUCCGCACCCUAUAUUUACAAAUAAAUAAAUAACUUCAAAAACA